CGAUUGGCGGCCGCUAGUCUCUGCCCGCCGCGGCCGGCGCUCGCCGCGCUCCGUACGGCGCUCGCCGCAAUCACAGUGGCCGCGGCGGCGACAACCCCGCAGGCAGCGCGGGACUUCUUUUUUCCAUUUGUGGAGUAAAGAAAGAAGAGAGAUGAUACUGAAAGCAGUUGUGCUGUUGGGCUGUGCUCUGGGCAUCGGUGCGUUACCACUGGAAGAGCCUGAAGAUGGAGGCAAGCACUGGGUGGUAAUCGUUGCAGGUUCAAAUGGCUGGUACAACUACCGACACCAGGCAGACGUGUGCCAUGCAUACCAGAUCGUCCACAGAAAUGGAAUUCCAGACGAACAGAUCAUUGUCAUGAUGUACGAUGACAUUGCAGAUAGUGACGAAAAUCCAACGAAAGGCAUUGUCAUCAACAGACCUAACGGCACAGAUGUGUAUGCAGGAGUACCCAAAGACUAUACAAAGGAGGAUGUUACUCCAAAGAAUUUCCUUGCUGUUCUCAGAGGAGAUGCAGAAGCAGUGAAGGGAAUAGGAUCAGGAAAAGUGCUGAAAAGUGGACCCAAGGAUCAUGUGUUUGUUUAUUUCACUGACCAUGGAGCUCCAGGACUUCUGGCUUUUCCUGAUGAUGAUCUUCAUGUGAAGGACUUGAAUAAGACCAUUUGGUACAUGUACCAUCACAAAAAAUACCAAAAGAUGGUAUUUUAUAUUGAAGCAUGCGAGUCUGGAUCUAUGAUGAAUCAUUUGGCUGAUAACAUCAAUGUUUAUGCAACAACAGCUGCCAAUCCCAGAGAAUCAUCUUAUGCAUGUUACUAUGAUGAUGAAAGGCAGACUUAUCUUGGUGACUGGUACAGUGUGAACUGGAUGGAAGAUUCAGAUAUGGAAGAUCUAAGAAAAGAAACACUCCAUAAGCAGUUUCAACUGGUGAGGAGACGCACCAACACCAGUCAUGUGAUGCAGUAUGGAAACAGAAGCAUCUCCUCUAUGAAAGUGAUGCAGUUUCAGGGUAUGGGGAAGAAAGCUAUCCCCAUUUCUCUGCCACCUGUAGAACACUAUGACCUGACUCCUAGCCCUGACGUCCCUCUUGCAAUCAUGAAACGAAAGCUGAUGGCUACUAAUGAUAUUCAUGAGGCGAAGAAGAUUGCAACAGAGAUUAAAACACACCUGGAGGCUAAAGAAUUUAUCCAGGAAUCUAUGCGAAAGAUUAUCACCUUAGUAACAGGAUCAAAAGAACAGACCAACCAGAUUCUGACAGACAGACUGACCAUCAGCAAUUAUGACUGCUACCAGGCAGCAGUGAACUACUUCAAAGCUCAUUGCUUCAACUGGCACUUUCCUGUGUACGAAUAUGCACUGAGACAGCUCUAUGUGUUGGUCAAUGUUUGUGAAGGAGGAUAUCCCAUUGACAGAAUACGCCUGGCCAUGGAUAAAGUGUGCCUUGGUUUAAAGUAAACCUCAAAUCCGUGGAAACAACAGUCCUUAGAAUAGCUCUUACUACAAGAGAUAACUUUUCAUAACUGUAAUAAUCUAGACUUUAUGUGCAUGCAACAUGAAGAGGGUCAACCACUGUAUCAGUCUUGAGUACUGCGUUGGGCAGCUGACCAUAAGCAAUACAGCACUUGCCAGUGCUCUUGCCUGCAUCCUUGCCCACUGACAGUCUGGGGGUUCAGCAGAGCCAUUUUGGCAGACUACAUGGAGCUUUCAAGGUGAAUGAUUUGUUUCAAAGUGCAAUGCUCCAAGAGUCUUUGGAUGAACACUACAAGCCAUCUAUCGAUGAUUCUAAUUCUAUGCUGAAUUUAAUCUUCGACUUGUUAAUUAUGGAAAAAAAUUAUAUUAGUGCUGUUAGCUUUUUAAAAAAUAUUAACAAACAUCCAUUUACAGUGACUAAGUUGCAGAUUGGUUGAAGAAUGAAGAAACCAAAGUUUGUUGUUUAAGCUUUAACUCCUUAACAGUUUAAAGAAAUGAGCUGUGUUUGAGAAUUAUCAUUUGUGUUAAACUGUGAAAAGCAAAAGCUUUUGUGGGUAGAAAGCAUUGUUUCCCAAAGAAAAACACAAGUAUCUAAUGCUCUAAUUUUAUCAUCAGUAUGAUAUAAGUAAAUGUGCAUACAUAUAAACCUCUGGAAAAUCUGAGUACAGAACUUGCCUGUGAAUAAAAAUAAAAUUGGGAGUUUCAUCAA